ACGCACCAGGACGCUCCACCACACUGGGACCGUUUCUGGGUUUUUCCUCUUCUUGUUUUGUUUUUUUCUCCACAUUUUCAGCGACGAACCCUGGAUCAUCAUUAGCACCAUGAAGGAAAGGAGAAAUACACAGCCGCUGGUGGUGAGAUGUAAACUGGUUCUUGUGGGAGAUGUUCAAUGCGGAAAAACGGCGAUGUUGCAAGUUCUGGCGAAGGAUUGUUAUCCAGAGACCUACGUGCCCACGGUAUUUGAAAACUACACAGCCUGUCUGGAGCUGGAGGAGCAGCGAGUGGAGCUCAGUCUGUGGGACACUUCAGGUUCUCCAUACUACGAUAAUGUGAGGCCUCUCUGCUAUAGUGACUCAGAUGCAGUUUUGCUGUGUUUUGACAUCAGCCGCCCAGACACUGUGGACAGCAGUCUGAAGAAGUGGAAAACUGAGAUCCUGGACUUCUGUCCGAGUACACGGAUCCUGCUCAUUGGCUGUAAGACCGACCUGCGCACAGAUGUCUGCACACUGAUGGAGCUGUCCAAUCAGAAACAGACUCCCAUCACCUAUGAGCAGGGUUCUGCUAUGGCCAAGCAGCUGGGUGCAGAGGCAUACCUGGAGUGCUCGGCGUUCACCUCUGAGAAAAGCAUCCACAGCGUGUUUCGCACUGCAGCGAUGGCCUGCAUCAACAAGCUGCAGCCUCUCCCAAAGCCCAGCCCCACCCGCCGCCUCUCCAAAAGACUGCUCCACCUGCCCAGCAAGUCGGAUUUGCUCUCGUCCACCUUCAAGAAGGAGAAGGCCAAGAGCUGCUCGGUCAUGUGAGUGGAGACCUCCUGGGUUACAGUUCUCACAUGCAACCCCCAGCCCCCGUCUCUUUGGUCUCGGGGAAGGGGGGGUGGGCACGAUGGUUUUAUCAGGGCUACCUGCUGAAUCCUUCCCUCACCCCCCCGGAAACCAAACACCCCUCAGAAGAGGUGGACACCUCGCUGUCCACUUGCUCCUGAACCUUUUAGCGCACAUCCAUCUUUCUCCACUACUGUUUAUCCUGCUUUCGAAGAAACAAGGUUUGAUCAUCGAGCUCUCAUUUUUUUUCACCUGUAAACAGUAUGCAACUACAAUGGUGUUACAUCUGUCUGAUUUUACUAUCUCUAGGCACAUGUUGAUUUUGUCCAAAUUGGAAAUGUGCAACGUGUGACGUUUAAUCUUGUGAUGUAAAUGCCUCUCAGACAAUUCAAUGGAUAUUUUUCUAAGUACAAAAAUAAAUCUAGCAUGAAACCGACAGGAAUUAGCAAAAUCCUGUACAUCCCUCUUAGUAAGGUGUGUGAGGUGUGAAAUAGCUUGUCCCUGGUGUCCCCAUUUAGGCCUGUGAAAGCACAGAGAUGUAGAGGGAGUAGUGGGACAGACCACAGCAAGAGCUAUUACAUAGAGAGCUGUUCUCAUUGUCUCAGUGUUGAUGAGAGCAGGGAUAAGAGCUGUGAGCGCAGGCUGCUGUGCAGACAGCAGUCUAGACUAUUUCAACCUGCAUUGAUUGUUGAUGCAUGGUUGUGUAGCUCUGGAAAGCGGUGCUCCACAAGCUUUCAGUGGACUAAGUGGAGGAGGCUGAAGAGGCUUUGUGUGUACAAAAUGACUGCAGAAAAGUGGACACGAAAAAAAAAAAUAAAGAGAAGUUUAGUUGGGCUUCCGGUGUCUCUGCUGUCACAGCAGUCUAUUUGAAAAUACUAUUUUGGUGAUAGGACAAACACAUUUUAAUGGAUGAGAAAAUAUGCUUUUGUUGUGACCAGAAGCAUAAAAACAGUUCAAUGCCGAGCUGUCGAGCGUUAUUUAUGAAGCUGUGGCUGGUUAUUGAUGCCAGUCAAAGUGUUAUGAGGCAUAUUUAAAAGCAUAGGAUAACGCCUACCUAAGUCAGGCCGGGAUAAUGGGAUAAAUCUGGUCUGCAGUUUCAAAGAUUUGUAGCAUUGCGUUGUUGACAGUUUUUCAACAAUUCUCAAAUGGUAUGCAGUUUUGAAAAAUGCCUUUCAUAUCAUGUUCCCGGAAGUCAUUGAGAUUUUUUGACUACUGUAAAAUGCCUUUGGAUUUCUCUUGUUUGCAACAAUCCAAUGUAGCACUCCCAACCUGACUCUACUCUUCCAAGAAGUUUUUGUGUUGUACACUCUUGUUUAUCUAUUGACCUCCAAUAAGCAGCAUUUACUGUAGGUAAUGACAACUAUGGAGCAAAAAUUGGACCCUUUUUUCUGAGCUUAAAUCUUUGGCUUCAUGGUUAUGUGUUUGUGCAGCAUUGAUCUCUGUGCUUCUAACCAUAAAGCAAUAAUGAUUUAAGUGCUUGUGAUGCAAGGUAACCCGUGCGGCAAUAAAGAUGCAGCUUUGUGAUAACUGUCAUGCUAUAGCUCCACGGACAUCCAUGUUAUAGAUUGAACCAUCUCUGCUGUACAAAGAGGCUACUGAUCUGUGUUUGCCCCUCCUCCUCUGUAUAAGUAGCCACUGGUAUACAGAAAAACCAAUGACAAUGUCCUGCUAUGAAAUAGAUAAAGAGUAUGUGAAUAAGAGGGAGCCAUGCUCUUUGAGUUGGAGAUGCUAGACUUUGCUGUCAAUGUUACAUUUAGAACCAUAAUAAAAUGUAUUGAGGCGGCAGGACUUAAAUCAGCUGCUUGACAGUGAAGUGUGUACUUUUAAAAUUGGAAAUUUACUUCAAAAGUCUAACAAUCAUCUUGUAAAAAGGGCUAGUGUGUGGGAAAAACAAGAUGUAAGGAGAACAAGUAAUCAAAAUGCACAGGCUGGCCCUGUUCAAAGAAAGCUAUUUUUCCAUUCUUUGUUUAUUUGGUUGAUGUAAUUUUUUUUUCUUAUUUUUUUCUUUGGUAUUUAAGCGCAUGAUGUGAGUUGUGUUGUUUUGGAAAUAUCUCUGAGAUGGUUGUAGCGUCUUUAUGGAGCUGCCCCCCCCGGUAGUCGGAGGAACUUAAAGCUAUGAUUUGCACAAAGGCUUCCAGUUCAUGUUCACACACCAAAUUCCUCAGCAUUGCCUAGCAACAAUUCAGCGUAGGAAACAGAGACUGGCUCUUGGGUUGGUUGUGUGGACAGAGAGGGUUGGCUCACAAGCAGACAUCCCCACAUCCAUUGUUACAGCAUCAGUUAUGCAUUUUUCUUUUCUUUUUUGUUAAAAAAACAAACAUUUCUUUAUGUUUUUUCUUUGGGUUAUGGAGCUGAUGCCAGGGCUUCUGAUGAUGGGAUAGAUGGACGGCUCACAGACCAUGUCAGUUAAUAUGCAGCCUUCGUGUUGUAGUCAGUGUGUGGUACAUUGGUGCAGUCAAACUCCUAAGCAUGUCCUAUUAAAGUUGUAUGAUUGUACAUACUGUCUCUUGUUUUAUAAUCAUUGUGAGACAUCGCAAAGGAUGUCACAUGAAAAUAUUGUUGUU